UGCUGCUGUUAAAAGGAGAAAUCAUUUGCAACAAGGAAAAGAUGAAUUCUACAGAGAAUUACAACUCUUAGGCUGUUUGCACCAUCGUCAUCUUAUUGGACUUCAAGGGUUUUCUGAAGGCCAUAACAGGUUUCUUGUAUUUGACCACAUGGAAACUGGAAACCUCAAAGAGUGUCUCCACGACCCGCUUAGAACACCGUUGACUUGGAGGAUCAGAUUAAAGAUUGCUAUUGAUAUAGCAGCUGCUUUGGAAUACCUCUACUACUUCUGUGAUCCCCCUGUAUAUGAUGUAUCUAUCAACUCGAGCAAUGUACUGUUGGAUGAAGAUUUUGUUGCUAAGCUCUCUGAUGUGGACUUUAGAGACCCUGGUCACGAUGAUACAAAAGAAUCAAAUGCUUCAUUAUCUCAAGAUUACAUCAAUCAGAAGAGGAGGAAUGCAGUGUUUCAGUUUGGUAUGCUGAUUCUCGAGCUUGUUACUGGUCAAUCACUGGGUGAUGAAGAUGAGCUUGUCCACUGGGUUCAAGAGUCGGAAUUUGCAUAUUCAAUGCACAAAAUGGUUGAUGCUGAUCUUGGAGACAACUAUGAUUCAAAGGAGCUUAAAAGUCUUCUUCUGAUAGCUAGAUUGUGUACAAGAACAGGAGAUGAAGCAGCUAUUUCUAUUCCACAGAUACUACGCUAUCUACAAGGAAAGGUAGAAUCCCAUGUUUCUCCAAUCUAGUUUUCUUAAAUAGGAAGAAUACUUGUAAGAUUCAUUAAAGGAUGUGAAAUAAAAUGAUCUAGUUGAAGUUUGAGAAGUCUCUGGGAACUUAUGUUAAAUUUAAUUUUGAUUAGUAUAGCUUCUCUUUUCA